UAGAGAGGUGCAUCCCAUCAUUAUCGCAUUAUCAUAGUAUGAAUUCACACAUCUAUACUUUAAUAUUUUUACAAAAUAUAACACUACUAUAUAUAAUCUCAAUAAAAAAGCAUGAGUUCACGAAAAUCGAAUAAUACUCUUUAAAUACGCCUCCAACUCUAGAAAUACCCUAUAAAUUAUAUAUUAAAUCGAAACUUAAUAUAAAUAUGAAUAUUUAGGAAUACCUUACUCACUAAACACCAACUAAUAGUGCUAAUGUAACCUUCACGUUCACGUAAAAGUUUGAUCCUCUUGUUUUCUUACCUCGAUGCAUGUAUUAAAAACAUUUUAAAGAAAAAAAAAAUAAAAAACAAAAAGUAAAAAAUAAAAAUAAAAACACGUAUUAAUAAUCAUAUUAUAUUCCACGUGUAAUACGCUGAGAUUUACGGAUGAUAACUAACUAAACCAGCCGCGUUACAGCUGACAUUUGUUUGUUAACACAAGCAAACCAAUUUCCAAAAUUAUAAAUUGGCAAAAUUUGUUCAUCAUCAGCUCUUCCAAAGUUUCUGCAUCACAUAGCCAAAAAAAAAAAAGAUAUAUACCCCAACGCGGUUAGACGUUUGCUAAUUUCGUAUAAAUUUUGAGAUAUAACAUUCAAGAAUGAAGUUUGGUAAGUUAUUCAAAAGGGAAAUGGUCCCAGAGUGGAUAGAAGCUUAUGUAGACUACACUGGACUCAAACAUAUUUUACAAGAGAUCCGCCGUUUUAAGGAAAGCAAGCAGCCUCAAACGCCUGCAACAUCUUUAGAUCAGAGGUUGGCAUUGUAUCGCAACUUUAGUGGUCUAAAUCUACAAGGCGGUGUUCAGAAUACUGGUGAUAUUGAGAACCAGGUGAUAGCAGUAAACACGGUGCCACACGAAAACUACAGAAAAUUUUACCAAACAAAGUUCCUGGCAUCUCCUGAAGGAGCAGAAAAUGAGAUUAUCUUCUUUGACAAACUAGACCAUGAAUUCAACAAGGUUAAUACCUUCUAUAAGGAUAAGGUGGAUGAAGUCAUGAGGGAAGUAACUUUGCUGAAUAAACAGAUGGAUGCUUUGAUCGCGUUACGUAUCAAGGUAAUGGAUCCGGGUUUCAAUGCAUUUCCUUCCCUUCAAAGUCUUUCCUUGGACAUUAACAAUUCAACACCUUCGAGGAUCACAUCUCCUCUCAAAACGACGGCUGUAGAUACAGAUGACAUGCCUGUCAGUCCAAGUUUUGGAAGACAGGUUUCUAUGACUAAUGCUUCAUAUCCAAAGCUUCCCAUCAACCGCAAUUCUUUAAGAGAGUUCAGAGAUACUGAUUCACAUAAAACCGAUCCUCUUGAAAUCCUAGAUCAUGUUAAGAUUGUUAAUACAUUUGAAAGUCCCAUAUCAACUAUAAGAGGCGUCUUGAGCGAAUCCAAAGAGAAUGAUUUGAGUUAUAAGAAAGAGGAACUAAAGAAGGUUGAACAUAGGCUGAAGCUUAUUUUUAUUGAGUUCUAUCAAAAACUUCGCCAUCUAAAACAUUUCAGCUAUAUGAACCUGUCUGCAUUCUCCAAGAUCCUCAAAAAAUAUGAAAAGAUUACAUCUAGAAAAGCAGCAAGAUCAUACUUGAAAAUGGUAGAUAACUCUUACCUUGGCAGCUCCGAGGAGGUUACCAGUCUUCUGGACAGGGUGGAGACCACCUUCAUCAAGCAUUUUUCGCAGUCGAACCGCAGAGAAGGCAUGAAGAUAUUGCGGCCAAAGCAUAAAAGAGAAAAACAUCGUAUAACAUUCAUAUCAGGUUUCUUUUCUGGUUGCUCAAUUGCUCUACUAGUUGCUGUUAUUCUAUUACGAGAUGACAGAAAGUUGAUAGAUAAAGAUGAAGGCAACUCUUAUUUGGACAAGAUAGUUCCACUUUACAGUUUUUAUGCAUACAUUGUGUUGCAUAUGCUUUUAUAUGCUGCAAACAUAUAUUUCUGGAAGCACCACAAAAUCAACUAUGCAUUUAUCUUUGGUUUCAAGCAAGGGACCGAGUUAAGCUAUAGGGAGGUCUUUCUUCUUAGCAACGGUCUAGCAAUGCUCGUCCUUGCCGCUCUCCUGAUGCAUCUGCACAUGAAUUCAAGAGCUGAAGUAUAUGGUACACGUAUUGACUAUGUUCCUCUGGGACUGAUAAUGGUACUUCUUUUCAUUACUUUCUGCCCGUUUAACAUCAUUUAUCGCUCAAGUCGUUGGUUCCUUAUAAGAUGUGUCUUCCGCUGUAUCUGUGCUCCUCUUUACAAGGUGACACUUCCAGAUUUCUUUCUAGCAGACCAGCUGACUAGCCAGGUUGAAGCAAUAAGGAGUUUGGAGUAUUACAUUUGCUAUUAUACUUGGAUUAAAUCUUCACAUGGACAUGAUACGUGCCAAAGUCACAAUGUCUAUAACAUAUUUUACUUCAUUCUAGCGAUCAUACCAUAUUGGUUCCGGUUUUUCCAGUGUGUCCGUCGACUGUUUGAAGAAAAGGAUCAAGCACAGGCAUACAAUGGCUUGAGAUACUUUUUGACAAUUCUGGCUGUCGUUAUUAAAACAGCUUAUGUAUUGAGAAAGAGCUUGACUUGGGAGGUGUUGGUUAUACUGAGCUCACUUAUCACAACUCUUUUCAACACGUACUGGGAUAUAGUUGUCGAUUGGGGGCUGUUGAGAAGGAAGUCGAAGAACAAGUUCUUGCGGGAUAAGCUCAUACUGCACCAUAAAAGUGUAUACUUCACAGCCAUGGUCUUGGAUGUUUUGCUCAGAUUUGCCUGGCUACAACUGGUAUUAAGAUUCAACGUGCACUCUUUGCGAGGAAGCACUGUCUCAAGCAUAUUUGCUUGCUUAGAAGUGAUUCGACGUGGCAUGUGGAAUUUUUUCAGGUUGGAAAAUGAACACCUGAACAAUGUGGGGAAAUACCGGGCAUUCAAGUCAGUACCUCUUCCUUUCGCGUACCAUGAUGAGGAUGAUCACAAAGAAGAAUAAAGAUGAACAUUUAUCGAUCGAUCCCCAUUACCUUAUCAGAGUACUAGCAACUGCCAAACUUUACCAAGCAUCAAAUGUCAUUCAUCAUGAAUAGUUCACAUGUCAAAUGUCUUAUGAUAUACAACAUUUUGCUAUCUAAGCUCAAAGAAGUUGUUACAUUUCUGGGCUUAAAGGUAGACGCCAAGAGUAGAACGCGUGUGGAAGAGCUUAAUUUUCACACAAAAAAAAAACCAGGCAGGAGUUCAGAACAAGGCAAGAUAUGCAGUGACAAGGAGGGAGAGAGAAUACAUUGUUGAGAAUUAUACAAAUUUAAAAAUUUCUUGUUUGUAUAUUGUUCAAGUUGAAGAUAGUAAGUGAAUGAUCAAGAAAAAAACAAUCAAACAUGUUUAAUUUUAUUUUAAUCAUAUUUAAUGGCUUUAGGCUACCAAAUUCAUUGAGCUAAUA